AUGCUACCGUCGGAUAAAGAAAGUUCGCUAUCGUUGGAUAUAAAUGAAGAAAAAUUGUCCCAGUUGGAUAUCAAUGAAGAAAAUUUGCCACCGUUGGAGAUCAAUGCGCCAGUUAUACUCUUAGUUGGAAAAACAGGUGCUGGUAAGAGUACGUUGGGAAAUCAUUUGCUAAGAAUCUCGGAAGAUGAAAAUUGCGCUUUUAAGGUCUCCGAAGAUUUUCUCCGCGGUUUACCAAUUAAUGACAAAACUUACAACAUUAUCGACACGCCUGGGAUUUUUGAUACCAAAAAGCCCAAUGAAGAAAUCAUGGAAGAAAUCGCGCGCACCGUACAAAGAUGUGCUUAUGGAAUCAAGGCCAUAUUAUUUGUUUUUGAAGCCAAAAGGUUUACGGAUGAGCAAAAAAACGUGAUCGAUGGUAUAUCGACGUUUUUCGGAGAACAAGCUUUUUUAUACAUGAUUUCUGUCUUCUCGAAUUGUAACAAGAAAAAUACAAAUGAUCCAAAAAAUUUUGAAAAGUCUUGGAACGAUAAAGUUCGCAUGUUCGUCAAUCGCAUGGGUAAUCGGUGGGCCAUUUCUCCGAAUCCAGACAUCUUUCCCCCUGGUACUCAAAUGCAUGAAAAAUGUCUAGAAAAGUUAGAAAAUACUAUUUAUGACCUAAAUGGAAUAUAUACAAACGAAUUGCUCGAAAAGACACGAAAGGAGCAAGAAGAACUCGUGCGGAUUGCAAGGGAAGAACAAGAAAAGAGACAGAGAGAAUAUGAUGAGAUUAAACGAACGGAAGGUAGAGCUAGGGCAGAAGCAGAAUACUUGAAAAGAAAGGCUGAAGAUGAUGAGAGAGCACGUAUUGCAAAUGAUAAACAAAUUGAAAAACUUAAGGAUAGCAUAUAUGAAAAAUUAGUGAUCUUGAAAAAACUUGAAUCUGGAAGAAUCGUUCGAAUGUCGGAACUUCAAGUAGGGGAUCGAGUGUUGUCAAACAUCAGAAAUGAUAUUGAAGAGUUUUCAAAUGUUUACCUUAUCGCUCACAUUGGCAAACUCGAUCGUGAAGAAAAAUUUACCAAGAUAAGCUUCACUAAACCAGACGGCUAUAAAAGUCAUUUACGGCUCACAACCACUCAUUAUGUCUUCAAUGAAAAUUUAUCUAUCAUGUUUGCCAAAGAUUUACAUCCAGGAAAAACCAAGAUUUUAGUAUCUGAUGAUAAUAAUAAGCUUGUUCCGGUCAUUGUUGAUGAUAUAACAAAUGAAUGGCACGAUGAAUAUAUUAGCUUUUACACUCGGGCGGGUUCAGUUAUCGCCGAAGGCGUAUUUUGUUCUUGCUACGACGAUUGCCCGCCUUCUCAGUCGCUCAUGGACCUUGUUUUUUUACCAGUUCGCUGGUGGACCCAUUUCAAACCAAGCACGCAUCGUGACAAACGCCUUCAUCCUUAUGUUCAGUUCUUGGAAACUGCAUAUUUUUCUUUUAUCAAUUUAUUUAUGCAAUGA